AUGAUUAAAAUAUCUUUAUUGUAUGUGUUUACUUUUAUUGCACAAGCAGAUGCACAGAAUAUCCAUUCUUUGGCGAUGUCGAUAACAAAUGAUCAUCAACUUCAAUGCUCUAACACAACUUGUUUACCAUUUCUGACGUUCAUUGCAUUAGAUAUUCACCAUUGUCAAAUCAAAUGCUUGACUGAAACUCCUUGUGAAGCAGCUACUUUCCAUAAAGUUACUUCAAAUUGUGAAUUACUCGCUAAUAUAUCCCAAACAAUUGGCAACAUGUCAGUUAAUUUGAAUACUGUUACUAUGAUAGUUAUCAAUGGAACACGUAUACCCUCUGGUCAGUAUAAUUGUUUAGAAUGUAGAGAAUAUUAUUGA